AUGGCAAUCGGUAUGAUCAAGAAGCUGACGGCCAACGCCCCGUUGGCCUUCUCGUGUACUGCCAAUGCCGCUACCAAUCGCUUUGACGACCUUGUCCAGGCCCUGAAAGACGCUCUGGGCCCGUCUUCGGGCCUCACAUCGGACGAUGUCGACGUAGAGUACCUGACCCGGCUCAUGCAGGACUAUGACUCGGACCCGGCAGAGUGGUCCCGGUUCGCCAUGGGUGACCAGAGCCGUGGGUACACGAGGAACCUCGUCGACGAAGGCAAUGGGAAAAGCAACCUGCUUGUGCUCGUCUGGUCCCCAGGGAAGGGUAGCCCGAUUCACGACCACGGCAACGCCCACUGCCUGAUGAAGAUCCUCCGGGGCAACCUGACAGAGACAAGAUAUUUGUACCCCGAGGGAGAGACUGAGAAGCCAAUGAAGGUGAUAUCGGAGCGAGUACACAAGGAAAACGACGUGGCGUACAUGGCAGAUGAGCUGGGGGUUCACCGCGUAUGGAACCAGGGCAGCGACUUCGCUGUCUCGCUCCAUCUGUACACGCCGCCCAAUGUCGCCAGGGGAGGAUGCCACAUCUUCGACCCGGCGACGGGCAAGAAGAGCCAUACCAAGGACUGCGGGUACUACUCCGCAUAUGGGACGAAACUGUAGGGACCUGGGAAUGGUGACGGGGCGUUGGGGAUGUGUGAAUUAGCAGCAUCGUUAUGGCAGCAUCGUCUAGCCGGUUAAUACAUCUCCUCAGGAGACGAGAACGGGAAGAGAUUGUUUACUUGCCCCUGAACAAGCCUUUGUCAAACUCUUGGCCGCCAUGUGAGUGAGCAACGCAACAGAUCUUCCCAAACAGGAAACUUGCACGGUGCGUCUACACACUCUGCUCCUG